UGGGGCUGGGUGUCCCAUUGAAAAGGCAGCCGCACUCCGGCCGCCCAGCACUCUCUCACUUCUGGCCAGGGAACGUGGAAGGCGCACCGACAGGGAGCCGGCCAGGGAGGGCGAGUGAAAGAAGGAAAUAAGAAAGAAAGGGGGUUAACAAAAUAAUAAAAACAGCCUGAGCCACCGGCUGGAGAGACCGGGACCCGGCGCAAGAGAGCGCAGCCCUAGGGGGAGAGGAACGGGAAACUCAGCAGAGCGCGCUCGCCACUGACUUUUGCUUCUUCUGCUUUUUUUUUUUUUUUUUUUUUUAACAAGAAGGCGCUAGCUGCAGCCUCACACGCGAGCGCCACGCGAGGCUCCCGAAGCCAACCCGCGAAGGGAGGAGGGGAGGGGGGAGGAGGAGUGGAGGGAGGAGGAAAAGCAUUUGCACCUUCUUUGCUCCCACCCUAAGAAGUCUCCCGGGGAUUUUGUAUUUUGUUUAACUUCUCUCCGGACUCCCUCUUCAUCUCUCGCCUUCUUUCCCUCUCUGUUCGUGCAUCCAAGUCCUGUCUGUGUCUCCCUCGUGCGCCCCGCACCUCGCGUCCCGGCUCGCUCCGAUUCCGCGACUCCUUGGCCACCGCUGCGCAUGGAGAGCUCUGCCAAGAUGGAGAGCGGCGGCGCCGGCCAGCAGCCCCAGCCGCAGCCCCAGCAGCCGUUCCUGCCGCCCGCAGCCUGCUUCUUCGCCACCGCGGCAGCGGCGGCGGCGGCGGCAGCGGCGGCGCAGAGCGCGCAGCAGCAGCCGCAGCAGGCGCCGCCGCUGAGCCCCGCGGCCGACGGCCAGCCCUCAGGGGGCGGUCACAAGUCAGCGCCCAAGCAAGUCAAGAGACAGCGCUCGUCCUCGCCCGAACUGAUGCGCUGCAAACGCCGGCUCAACUUCAGCGGCUUCGGCUACAGCCUGCCGCAGCAGCAGCCGGCCGCCGUGGCGCGCCGCAACGAGCGCGAGCGCAACCGCGUCAAGCUGGUUAACCUGGGCUUUGCUACCCUUCGUGAGCACGUCCCCAACGGCGCGGCCAACAAGAAGAUGAGCAAGGUGGAGACGCUGCGCUCCGCGGUCGAGUACAUCCGCGCGCUGCAGCAGCUGCUGGACGAGCACGACGCGGUGAGCGCUGCCUUCCAGGCUGGCGUCCUGUCGCCCACCAUCUCCCCCAGCUACUCCAACGACAUGAACUCCAUGGCUGGCUCGCCGGUCUCAUCCUACUCGUCGGACGAGGGCUCUUACGACCCGCUCAGCCCCGAGGAGCAAGAGCUGCUCGACUUCACCAACUGGUUCUGAGGGGCUCGGCCUGCUCAGGCCCUGGUGCGAAUGGACUUUGGAAGCAGGGCGGCCGCACAACCUGCAUCUUUAGUGCUUUCUCGUCAGCGAUGUUGGAAGGGAGAGAAAAGAAAAAAAAAGGAGAAGAGAAAAAGGAAGAAGAAGAAGAAAAUAAAACCCCAGGCACCCAACCCCAACGCCAACUAAGGGACACACGCCUGAGAAGCAAGGCUCUUAGAAAACAGGGAUGCGCUCCGAACAGUAUCUUUGCACUCCAAUCAUUCACGGAGAUCUGAAGAGUGACUAGGACCUGAGUCCAUGCGCAAAAUGCAGCUUGUGUGCAAAAGCACUGGGCUCCUGGCAGAAGGGAGCAGCACACGCCGUAUAGAAACUCCCACCCACCACUAACAGGCAGAACUGAAAGCGCUUGCUCGGGGGCCUUCACCUCCCCGCCCUCUCUGAAAGCGUAGUUCUUAGCCCUCUAGAAAUGGGUAGGUGUCCUUCGUCUCAGUAUCUCCCAUCCCAAUAAGCUGUGGACAGUCGUCUGCAGUGAAAUGAUGCUAUACUCAGUCCUUUGAAACCCCAUCCUUUGGGGCCCCCUCCCCAAGCCCCACUCCCUCACACCAUCUUUUCUACGUUUUCAUCAUAGAAUGCUUCCAAUCUUUUGUGAAUUUUUUUAUUAUAAGAAAAAUCUAUUUGUAUCUAUCCUAACCAGUUUGGGGAUAUAUUAAGAUAUUUUUGUACAUAAGAGAGAAAGAGAGAAAAAAUUUAUAGAGUUUUGUACAAAUGGUUUAAAAUGUGUAUAUCUUGAUACUUUAACAUGUAAUGCUAUUACCUCUGCAUAUUUUAGCUGUGUAGUUCACCUUACAACUGCCAUUUUCCCUAUGUGGUUUUGUAAAGAACUCUCCUCACAGGGGAGAUCAAAAGACCACCAGAUGUACUUCAGCACCAAUGUGUCUUACUUUAUAGAAACUUUGUUAAUGUAUUAAGGAUGUUAUUAAAUACUGUUCGAGAACAAAGUUUAUGCAGCUACUGUCCAAACGCAAAGUGGCAGCCAGUUGGUUUUGCCUUUUGGGAAAUUUCUAUCACUGCCUUUUUUUUUUUUUUUUUCUUACUGUUUUAUUACAAACUUACAAAAAACGUGUAUAACCCUGUUUUAUACAAACUAGUUUCGUAAUAAAACUUUUUUCUUUUUUUACAAAUGAAAA